AUAGGAUGUCAGCAACUUGACAAAUUUUAUCCAGAAAACUUUUGGAGUAACACCAGAAGAAAAACAACUUUCCGUGAGUGGCCGUAACUGGGGAGAAGUUGAUAUAAAUGGAAACUUGCUGACUUUUCUGGUAGGAUCAAAGCAAGCUUUUGAGGUUUCUUUAGCCGAUGUUGCACAAACUCAGCUGCAGGGGAAAAAUGAUGUUUACAUGGAAUUCCAUCUCGAUGACACAACAGGGGCAAAUGAGAAGGAUUCGCUGAUGGAUCUGAGUUUCCAUAUACCUAAUUCCAACACUCAGUAUGUUGGCGAUGAAAAUCGUGCACCAGCACAGGUUCUACUUGACAAAAUCUCGUCCAUGGCGGAUGUUGGCUCAUCAAGUGAUGAGGCUGUUGUCACAUUUGAUGGAAUUGCAAUUCUUACACCAAGAGGGCGGUACAGUGUUGAGCUUCAUCUUUCCUUCUUCCGGCUUCAAGGUCAGGCAAAUGAUUUCAAGAUUCAAUAUAGCAGUGUUGUCCGGCUAUUUUUACUGCCAAAGUCCAAUCAACCUCAUACCUUUGUUGUUGUUACACUUGAUCCACCCAUCCGCAAAGGAAUGACUUUGUAUCCACACAUCAUCCUUCAGUUUGAAACAGACACUGUAAUUGAGAGUGCUUUGUCAAUGAACGAGGAGCUUCUGGCUACAAAAUACAAGGAUAAGUUGGAACCAUCAUACAAGGGCCUUAUUCAUGAUGUGUUCACUUUGAUCCUGCGCGGCUUGUCUGGAGCCAAAGUUACAAGACCAGGGAAAUUCCGUAGCUGUCAAGAUGGAUAUGCUGUGAAAUCAUCGUUGAAGGCUGAAGAUGGAAUAUUGUAUCCACUUGAGAAGAGCUUCUUCUUUUUGCCAAGGCCGCCUACUCUCAUUCUUCAUGAGGAGAUCGAGUAUGUUGAGUUUGAGCGACAUGGUGCUGGAGGGUCAAGCGUUUCAUCUCACUAUUUUGAUCUUCUUGUAAAAUUGAAAAAUGAUCAAGAACAUCUGUUCAGAAACAUUCAGAGGAAUGAGUAUCAUAAUCUCUUUGACUUCAUUAGUGGAAAGGGAUUGAAAAUCAUGAACCUUGGUGGUACACAAACUACGAAUGGUGUUGCAUCUGUUUUGGAGAAUGAUGAUGAUGAUGCUGUUGAUCCACAUCUUGAACGAAUUAAAAAUGCAGCUGGUGGUGAGGACAGUGACGAAGAGGAUGAAGAUUUUGUUGCUGACAAGGAUGAUGGUGGUUCCCCAAGUGAUGAUUCUGAAGAAGAAGAAUCUGAUGCUAGCGAAAGUGGAAAUGAGAAAGAAAAACCUGCAAAGAAGGAGUCAAAGAAAGAAGCUUCUGCUGCAAAGGCAUCGUCAGCAAAGAAAAAAGCCAAAGAUGCUGAUGAAGAAGGUUCAAAAAAGAAGCGACAAAAGAAGAAAAAGGAUCCGAAUGCCCCCAAAAGGGCAAUGUCAGCUUUCAUGUUUUUCUCGAAUACUGAAAGAGAGAAUCUAAAGAAAAACAAUCCCGGAAUGUCAUUCACUGAUGUUGGCAGGGCUCUUGGUGAAAAGUGGAAGAAGAUGACAGCUGAGGAGAAAGAGCCAUUUGAGUCAAUGGCUCGGGCAGAUUCUAAACGGUACAAGGAAGCCAUGGUUGGCUACAAAAGUGGGGGUUCUGCAAUGAAUGCAGAUUCUGGUGGUGGAUCAGACAGCGAGUAGCCAAAAUCGCCAGUUCAAUAUCCAUGAGAGUUUAAAAAUGGCUCCAGCUAUGUAUUCUUGCAGCGAACCAUUCUGUUGUAAGCUGGUAUCAUGUAUUUGCAGAUGCUGAGAUGCUCAGCAAGGCAAGAAAGAGAACUAAGUUAAUUAUAUGACAAUUACAGAACAAAACAUAUGGUCUUUAGUGAGGAUGUGGCUGAUUAUUGAGCAGUAUUUUCUGCCGGAGCCUGUAGUUUCUUUUUUUUUCGCCGAAAAGUCAUGACAAUUUUUGCGCUUAUGCUCUGUACUUUGGUCUGUUGCGUUAGUAUCUUUUAAUAUGAUGGGCACUUUUAGAUUCA